CGGAUGCGGAAGAGCCGUUUGGAUCAAUUUCGGCCGGCUGUGAGGACUGAGUUACGGAAGUAAUAAGGGACUCGGGUUUUUUUUCCUUGAAAAAAAAAAGAGAUAAUUUUGGUCUCCUCUUUGCAGAGCGACGGAGGAGGGGUGGGAUUGUAAAGGAAAGACGGAAUACCUUAAGGCGGUGGGCGCGCUAUAGGAUUCCCUUUUGUCCUUUUUCGGUCCCUCUUCGCUCCGCCCAUCAUGGCGGCCACAUCCAACCUGCAGAAGGCAAUAGACCUCGCAAGCAAAGCAGCACAAGAAGAUAAAGCAGGAAACUUUGAGGAAGCCCUACGUUUGUAUCAACAUGCUGUGCAGUAUUUUCUUCAUGUUGUCAAAUAUGAAGCACAAGGCGACAAAGCAAAACAAAGCAUCAGAGCAAAGUGUACCGAGUAUUUGGACAGAGCAGAAAAGCUGAAGGACUAUUUGAAAAAGAAGGAAAACUCCCCUCUGAAACCAGUGAAAGAAUCUAGUUCAGCUGAUGAAAAAGGGAAUGAUAGUGAUGGGGAAGGAGAAUCAGAUGAUCCUGAAAAAAAGAAGCUACAGAAUCAACUCCAAGAUGCCAUUGUCAUGGAACGACCAAAUGUAAAGUGGAGUGAUGUUGCUGGCCUAGAGGGAGCAAAAGAAGCACUUAAAGAAGCAGUAAUAUUGCCCAUUAAAUUUCCUCACCUUUUUACAGGGAAGCGAACUCCCUGGAGGGGGAUCCUUCUGUUUGGACCUCCAGGAACAGGGAAAUCCUAUCUGGCAAAAGCUGUUGCAACAGAAGCUAACAAUUCUACAUUCUUCUCUAUAUCAUCAUCUUCCCUUGUCUCAAAAUGGUUGGGAGAGAGUGAAAAGCUAGUGAAAAAUCUAUUCCAGCUUGCCAGAGAAAACAAGCCUUCAAUUAUCUUCAUUGAUGAAAUAGAUUCUUUAUGUGGUUCCCGAAGUGAAAAUGAAAGUGAGGCAGCUCGGCGAAUUAAAACAGAGUUUUUGGUUCAGAUGCAAGGAGUUGGAACAGACAAUGAAGGAAUUUUGGUUCUUGGAGCUACAAAUAUACCUUGGGUUCUGGAUUCUGCCAUAAGGAGGAGGUUUGAGAAACGGAUUUAUAUUCCCUUACCUGAAGAUCAUGCAAGAGCUGCAAUGUUUAAGCUUCAUCUUGGAACUACUAAAAAUACCUUGACUGAAUCAGAUUAUCAGGAACUUGGAAAGAGAACUGAUGGCUAUUCGGGUGCUGAUAUCAGCAUCAUAGUACGUGAUGCCUUAAUGCAACCUGUUAGGAAAGUUCAAUCAGCAACACAUUUUAAAAAAGUGAAAGGACCAUCACUAUCUGAUUCAAAUGUUCUAGUAGAUCUUUUCACCCCAUGUUCUCCAGGAGAGCCCAGUGCCAUUGAAAUGACAUGGAUGGACGUGCCAGGAGAUAAACUUCUGGAACCUGUUGUUUGUAUGGCUGAUAUGCUGAGAUCGCUAGCCAAUACAAAACCCACAGUAAAUGAGCAAGACCUGGAAAAACUAAAGAAGUUCACAGAAGAUUUUGGACAGGAAGGCUAAUCCACACAGCCCUCUAAUCCUAUUAUUUCUUUCUUUGACAUUAUUGCCUCUAUGUUGCCAAUAAAUAAAUUGCUCAUUCCUUCUUUUCCAUAUGAACUGAAGAGCCUCUUGCAAAGAUCCUUGAGCUUAUGUAUAUCACUUUCCAGAAAUAUCUAUUAAAUGUCAUUUACUGAGA